AUGGCCUCUUCUUCUUGGCCUCGCACCUGGAAAUAUCGCGUCUUCACAAGCUUCCAUGGACCUGACGCCCGUAAAGCCUUUCUCAGUCAUUUACGUAAACAGUUUAGCUGCAACGGGAUUUCGAUGUUUGAUGAUCAAGGGAUCGAGAGAGGCCAGACCAUCGCCCCUGCUCUCACGCAAGCGAUUAGAGAAUCGAGGAUCUCCAUCGUCGUGCUCUCGAAGAAGUAUGCUUCAUCCAGCUGGUGUUUGGAUGAGCUGGUGGAGAUUUUCAAGUGCAAGGAAGAUUUGGGACAAAUAGUGAUGACGGUCUUCUACGGAGUAGAUCCAUCCCAUGUGCGGAAACAGACCGGAGAUUUCGGGAGCGUUUUCAACGAAACUUGUGCUCGUAGAACAGAGGAAGAGAGGAGAAGAUGGAGCCAAGCUUUGACCGAUGCGGGCAACAUAGCAGGAGAACAUUUCCUUAACUGGUUUGUUUGCUUUCCUUCAAUUACUACAAUUUUGGAAAUUUUCUUUGUGAAUCUAACAGAUUCUUGGUAG